AUGUUGGCCGUCUACCUCGGUUUCAUCGGCACCGCAUCUGCAGCCAUCAACUGCCGGGGCAAUUCCGCAUGCGCCUCUGACCCCGGUGCGUCUGUGGAAACGAUCCAGGCCCAAGUUCACGCAUUGGUCGCCCAGGGAGGCGGAGACGGGAUAUUCGAUGCACAAAGGCCAAUUGCCUGUUCGCAAGGCAAAGACGGCAGCUUCUGUGCCUUUUUCCAGAACACGUCCGGAACCGGCAAGCAAGCCGAGGCUCUUGUCCAGAAGCUCCUCGACCGCGGAUGCAAACGUUGUGGCUCCGUGGCCACUCACCCUGGCAACGAUGUGUCCGCGGGAGCCUUGACUGUGAAUCUCGUCAAGGAGCCGUGCUGCAAGGGGGACUGCUUCUGCUCAGGGCGGGGGGCGAGGAUUCGAAAAGUGGAAUGA